AUGAAGUCUUAAAUAAACAGCGAAAAAAAUUAGUAAGUGUUGUCCAAGCCUAUUCAAAAGGAAUAAGAUUAUAAAAAUUCAGAAAGUUAUUUGAAAAUUAAUAAUAUGUUAUAAGAUGAUUUUAAACCUAGCUAAUAGUAGGCUCAAAACAUUUAAAUACAGCUUUGUGAUUAUCCUAGUCUAUAAAAAGGAUUAGAAACAAGUGAAAAUAAUCACGAUGCAUGUAGCAAGAAUAAAACAAACCAAAUUGAUUUAAAGAAAUAUGUAAACUUAUAAAAUAUUGUUUGCCAAGGUGAACUUGGCAAUGCAUAAGAAGAGAAAAUCUAGUAAUUAAGAUAAGUAGAUAGACAAAAACCAAAAGAAGGUCUAAAUAAUAAUGAUAAUAUUUCUUUGAGUAAUUUAAAUGAUAAUAGCUCUGAUAACCAGAAAUCUCCUUAUGUUAUAAUGAGCAAAAAGAAUUUUUUCAAAAGAAAACAAUUUUCACCUCCUAAAAAACCAAGCAGCUCAAACUAAUCUGUAAAUUCUAAGAAGGAUUUGGAAGACUAUAAAGAGAGCUAAUACAAAAAGGCAGAAGUUAGCUAAGUAGAAUAAAAAAAAAUUACUAGAACUACUAAUAAUGAGUAAUAAAAUAUAUAUUCUUAAAAUAUUAAUGAGAAAAAGCAAAAAAAAAAAACUGCUUUGGUGAGAGAUAAUUUUUGCAAAAGCCUUAGCUCUAAUGCUGGGAACGACUUUUCACAGAAGAGCAUAACAUGGAAAUACGAAUAUGUUAAAUAUUUAAUUUUUUUUUUUUAAGCAGGGUCAUAUUUGAUAAUUGGUUCUUUGUAAUUCUUAAAUAGUGAAAGCAACAAAAGUUAAACAAAUAAGGGAAAUAAUUAAUACAAUUAAUUGAUUCUUCUUGAAAAAAGCUUUAAAGAAUAAGAGUUAUUUACAGGUGUUAAGGAUUUCUAUAAUAAUAUGCUUAAUUUACUUCCUCAGGGUAUAGUUGUAGUUGACAGUAACAAAGAAAUGAUCUACCAUAAUUCUUCUAUAACUAAGCUGCUAAAGUGCAAACCUGAACAAAUCAUGGAUCAAAUUUGCAAUAUAUCAACUAAUUAGAAUGAAAUUAAACAUGCUGAAAUGAAAUAUAAAAGCGAAAAAAAAUUAAAACUGGAUUCUUUAGGAUUAGAAGAGCAGAAUGUAAGUGAGUGUAAAGAGAGUAAUAAAUAAAGUCAAAAUAAAAACAGUUCUAAGAACAUUAAUAACUUGAAAUAAAUUAACAUAAAUAAUUAAAAGUAAUAAUAAAGAUAAGAUUAUAACGAUUCUUGUAUUAAAAAUUCUGGUGACUUAAAUAAAAUAAUAAAUAGUGAAAGGACUGCGACAAUUUACAAAAGCAACAUAAAUAUUCUAAAGCAUGAGAAUGCCAUUUAUGGAAAUGAUUAGAACCUUAAAGUAAGUUAGUUGUUAUAAAAUCUUUUUCUUGUUGGAAAGUAGCAGGAAGAAUCGGCUUUUUCAGCUUUAAGAAGAGUUUAAACUAUGUAAAAUAAAAAUUAAGCAAAACAAAGAAAAUCUUCAAUAUACUAAAAGGAAAAAAUACAAAAUUUGAAUUUCAGUGAUGAUUGCAUCCAGUUUCAAAUCAAUUUUAAAAACUAGUGCUUACUGCUUAACAUAAUUCUUUGUAAAUUUCAGCAAAAUAACAUUUAUUAGUAAAAAGACAUUUCCAUUGAACCUGUUAUUUUGAUUAUGAUUGAUGAUAUCUCCUAGUAAAUUAAAAUUAAAGAGCUUGAAGUUAAAAAUUAAUGCAAAAUGAGAAUGCUUGCAUCUAUUUCACACGAAUUGAGAACUCCUCUUAACUGCUCGAUGACAUUGUUGGAAGUUUUAAAAAACUUGGUAUCAAAUCCACUAGCUUAAGAAUAUAUUGACCCUGCCUUAAAUAGCUAGCACUUAUUGCUAAAUAUUAUAAAUGACAUAUUAGAUUUUGCGUAAAUAGAUGUUGGGAAAUUUAAAUUUAGCUAUGAGCAUUUCGAUCUUAAAAAUAUCAUUUAAAAUUGUUUAAAAUUAAUAGAAAUGCAAUCUAAAAUUAAAAAUAUUUAACUUCUCACUGAUUUUAGUGAAGAAGUCAAUUACUAAUUUUAUUCAGAUCCUACUAGAAUAAGAUAAAUUAUACUUAAUCUACUAAGUAACGCUCUUAAGUUUACAUAAAAAGGCUAUAUCAUGAUUAGAGUAGAGAAGUUUAAUGAGAGUUUAACUAAAAUUACUGUGGAAGAUACUGGAAUAGGAAUAGCAAGUGAGGACAUUUAAAAAAUAUUUGAAAUUUUUGGAAAAGUUGAUUUAAAAAAUAAUAAACUUCUCAAUACUUAAGGAGCAGGUCUAGGUUUGUCAAUAGCUUCUUAAUUAGCAAGAGGAUUAGGUUAAAACAAAAAAAUUGAAGUAUUAUCGGAGCUAGGCAAAGGUUCCUCAUUUUCCUUUUUCUUAGAAAAUAAAUUGAAUCAAAAAGGAUUUGUGGCAACGACUGAUAAUAAUAUGGAAUCGAAUCUUUCAAACAAUGAACUUCUCUUCAAUAAUAACAGCAAUAAUUUUCCGUAGCAGAGUCAAUAUUAUUCUUUGACCAAUAAUACGAGAGCAACAUCUGAAACGAAAGCAGAGAGCUCAGUUAAUGUCUAUUCCAAGUAAAUUAACAUGUUUGAUUCUAAGUUAAAUGUAGGAAACUUUAAGAAUUCUUCUUAAUCUGCUUCAUAUAUUAGUUUUAAUUAGAACAGUGACAAACGAUUAAAAUCUUAUUACUCAAACUCUACUUUAAAACCAAUAAAUACAAUCAGAUCUAAAACUUAGUAUCAGGAAAAUAAGAACUAGAGCAAGAUAAUAGAAGAAUAGAAUGAAAAUUAAAACGUGCUAAUUGAUGAGCAGUAAGAAUAUUCAAAAAGCCAAGAAAUCCUUUUUGAUUCUUUUUCUGCCAAAAACCCAGAGAAUCUCAAUAAUUUAUAUGAUAUAUCAAAUAUAUAAGAUUAAGAUUGCAAUGAUAUUGAUGAAACAAAAAAUAGAAGUAUUUCAUUUAAUCAGGGGCUGGAAAUAAGAUUAAAAAAUAUGUCUCUUGAUACUGAUUACUUAGAUUUUCCUCAAAAUUAAAACAAUUUAAUCAAAAAUGAUUAAAAAUAAAAUUUUUAAAGUGAUUUUAAUUUUACAGAUUAGCAAUAAUAAUAACAGGAAUUGCAGGGUAAAUAUAAAUAGCCUAAUAAAAUUAGUUAAAAUUUGAAAGUGAUGGUAAAUGAAUUAAUAAAAUGUUCUUGUCCUCCUGUUUUAGUAGUUGAUGACAAUGAAUUUAAUAGAUAUGUAUUGCAAAAGCUGCUUCUAACUUAUAACAUUUAGCAUGUUUAAGCAUAAAAUGGACAGGUAGCAAUCGAUAAAGUCAUGUAAAGAUAUUUAAAAAAUGUGAACAAUAUUGAUUCAUAAAAUAAUAACUUUUAAAUUAACCUUCCUAAUUUAAAUUCUCCUGUAAAGUGCUGUUGUCAUUUUAAAAUAAUAUUCAUGGAUUUAGACAUGCCAGUAAAAAACGGAUAUGAAGCUGUCUAAGAAAUAAAAUCUUUUUAUAUUAAAAACAAUUUAUAAAAAGAAGCUCCAAUAAUAGUAGCAUGUACAGCUUUUGUUGGUGAAGAAGACAAAAGAAAAUGUGAAAUUUACGGAAUGGAUUAUUUUUUACCCAAACCAAUUUCUCCUAAAGAAAUAGAAAAGCUGCUUAUAGAAAUUUUAUAAAAAUUGAUAAAAAAAUAAUGA